AUGGAGAUUUCCUGUUCUUCAUCAUAUUCCCUCGCUUUCUUCAUCUCUUUGCUCAUAACUACUGGAAUCGCCAUCGCCAACUCACAACCUGUUCUCAACUCGCUGGAGCAAGAAUCGGUCUACCGAGUCCUUGAAUCGCUCAACUCCGACAUCCCAUGGCGCUCUCUCUUCCCUGACGACCUCUGCUCCUCCGCUCCACACGGCGUCGUUUGCGGCUACACCACCGUCCCAACCGCCACCGACGACGGAGCUGUAAACAUCCUCGAACUUAGUUUCGGGUACGUUUCUGACCACAACCCAAACCCGCCUUGUAACCCGAACUCCACGAUUCACGACCCGUUUAUGUUCUCUUCCUUUCCUUACCUUCGAAAGCUCUUCUUCUACAACUGUUUCACAACCCGACCCGUUUCUUUACAGACCUUCUCAACUCUCGGAUCUUCUCUUGAAGAACUUGUUUUCAUAGAAAACCCGAGUCUUUUCGGAUCUUUGACUGAAUCCAUUAGUAACAUGACGAGCUUGAAGAGGUUGGUUAUCACCGGAACUAAUGUCUCCGGCGAAAUCCCAGAUGGGUUUGGUGGGUUAUUGAAUCUUGAAGAAGCUACACUUUCACGGAAUAGAUUCACCGGAAUCGUACCGGAAAACGUGUCAAAUCUCAAGAAUCUAAAGAUUCUUGAUCUCAGCCAAAAUGGGUUUGACGGCAAACUUCCGGCAUCCAUCGGAGAGCUGCAGAACCUUAUAAAACUCGAUUUGAGUUUGAAUCUUUUUUCCGGCGAAUUUCCUGCGAGCAUGAAGGAUCUAAAGUGUUUGGAGCUUUUGGAUUUGAGUUAUAACCGAUUUACGAACUCCGGGAUACCCAUUUUCUUAUCGGAGAUGAGUAAAUUGAAGGGGUUGUAUUUGAGUGGGAAUGAAUUAGGAGGGGUGAUUCCUGACAUUUGGGAAAACAUGAGGGGUAUAAAUGGAAUUGGGUUUUCAGGGGUAGGGCUGUUUGGUAAUAUUCCAUCUUCAAUAGGGGUAUUUUUGGGAAACUUAACAUAUUUGGGUCUUGAUGACAACCACCUAAGUGGUGGGGUACCUUUGGAGCUUGAAAGGUUGGCAAUGGUGAAUGAAUUGAAUUUGAAGAACAACAAUUUGAGUGGGAGACUUCCAUUUUCUGCUAAUUUUGUUUCAAGGGUUGGAAGGAAGCUAAGGGUAGAAGGGAACCCUGAAUUGUGUGUGGAUGUAGGGGCAAUUAAGUCAUUUUCCAAAGUUCAUGGAAGUUUGGAUGAGUUGAAGGUAUGCAAUAAUAGGGUUGCAAAUUCCAGAUUUACCCUUCUCCAUGUUACUAGUAGUUCCAUUUCUGUUAGUCGUCAAAUUCCUUAUCUAGUAACAGUCUUUCUUUUGGUUGUCAUUAUGUAG